CACAGAUCCAGAAGCGCGCGCCUUGCCUACAACGUCCAUCCUCUCGGCAUGUGUAGCCCUCAGCCGCCUGCGAACUCGGUGAACAAGGGUCUCUUGCUCGCUAGUAUACGCUCCUUCGAGCCCCCCGACUAUCUCUCGGCUGCGAUCUCCACUUGCAGUCAUGCCACGAAAUACCACCUCACGAUCGUCCUCUACUCUCGUGUUUUCAACGUUGACCCAGACUGCACCGUGAACCAUGCUGCACAUUGGAACGACGUGCAGAAACUCUUGACGCGUGCAUAUGUCUCUGCUACGAAGGCCGCACAAGACCAGAACAAGGUCCUCAUGGACGUGGACGUACUCCUCAGAGGCAUCAACGAAGGUUACCCCUCCAACCUCCACGGAUACGACGCAGUCUUCCGGGUAGCUGGCGAUGCCAUCCCCGUCCACAUUCCCGCCGCUGUCAUGAGACUACCUCACACCUACCUCUCCCCCACCGUAGCCGUAACCUCCCUUGGUCCCCCUAGCCCCCGCUCCACCGAUGAGGACCUCACGGACUCUCAAUUCCCCGUUGUCGCUCUCGGUGGCACUUUCGACCACCUGCACGCGGGGCACAAGAUCCUGUUGAGCAUGGCCAUCUGGAUAGCGCGCGAGAAGCUCAUCGUCGGACUCACCGACGACGCGCUUCUUGUGCGCAAGCGGUACUCCGAGGUUCUCGAGAGCCUCUUUGUGCGCGAGACGCGUUUGAGGGCAUUCCUGAUGCUCGUCAAUCCUGCGCUCACUUACGACAUCGUGCCCAUCAACGACGUGUAUGGGCCGACUGGGUGGGAUGAGAACAUCCAGGCCCUCGUCGUUAGCAAGGAGACGGAGUCAGGCGCGCAAGCUAUCGCCACCCACCGCGCCGAAAAGGGCCUCUCCGCCCUUCGCACCUUCGUCAUCGACGUCAUUUCGCCUACAUCCCACAAACUCGACGCGGAGGACGAGCAUGCGUUGCGAGAAACAAAGAUGGGCAGCACCUUCAUCCGGCAGUGGAUUCUGGAGCAGCAGCGGCGGCGAGGAAGGGCUCGGAGUGGAAGUGUGCUGCAUAUGGGUGGUUUUGUAGAAACUGAAGGAAGUCGGAGAAGAGAAGAGGAGGCGAAGGAGACAAGCGAAGAGGCUGAUGCCGGCGUCGGGGCUGCGGGCAAGGAGGAAGCUGGGCAGGAGGCAGCUACGGCGGAGGAAGGUCCGCAAGACGCGUCGAAUGAGGAUUCGACAGGAACGACGGGCGAACCCGCCACACACCCCGCCGAAUCUUCACCACAGGCGGAAGAGCCGCAGGACACACCCGCAGGAGACGAGCCACGACCAGCGGCAACCAUUGCAUGAACGCUCUUGUAGGUAUCGCGAACGUCCGACGGAACAUCUUGUACAACUUGCAACAAUGUAUUUUUUGGUGAGGCGGACCACGCAGACAUCCUC